UCGGUAAGCUCGGGGAUUUGUAGGGCCAGCGGCGCGAUGGAUAGGAGUGCAGGCCAGGGUUUUUCGUCGGAAAUCACAGCGCAGGCAUGAGGAGACUUUCCCUGGCGGUCGUAUGCUGCUACCUCUUUACCUUGUUGGACAUGGCAGCCUUUCAGUAUCCCGACAACUUGUAUGAGGCCGUCCUCUCCACGGAGGUCGAGGGUUGGCACUUUAAGGUCAAUAGCCUAGUCUCACGUACGAUUCGACUUUCGGCGAGAAAACGCGGCUACCGCUUUUUUCCCAAGAUCGCAAGAGAAAUGGAAAACACAAAGGACUACGGCAGGAAGGAGGUCUCGCUGUCCCUGAAAGACAUCCUGCCGAUAAACCCGAAGAACUACGACAAGCACAGGGCGCCAAAGUUCCUGGGCCAGCCGACCGUCGUCUACUUCCACGUGACCGUCCUCAGCAUAGACUCGAUAAACGAGGAGUCCAUGACGUACGUGGCGGACAUAUUUCUCGCGCAAAGCUGGCGGGACUCGCGACUGAGGCUCCCGGAGAACAUGUCCGAGGAGUACCGUAUCCUCGACGUCGACUGGCUGCACAACAUUUGGAGGCCCGACUGUUUCUUCAAGAACGCCAAGAAGGUCACCUUCCACGAGAUGUCCAUACCAAACCACUACCUCUGGCUCUACCACGACAAGACUCUCCUCUACAUGUCCAAAUUGACGCUCGUGCUGUCGUGCGCCAUGAAGUUCGAGUCCUACCCCCACGACACCCAAAUAUGCUCAAUGAUGAUCGAAAGUUUGUCGCACACGACGCAGGACCUGGUGUUCAUAUGGAACGUGACGGACCCCCUGGUCGUGAACCCGGAGAUCGAGCUGCCCCAACUGGACAUAGCCAACAAUUACACGACCGAUUGCACGAUCGAGUACUCGACGGGGAACUUCACCUGCAUCCAGAUAGUGUUCAACCUGCGGCGUCGACUGGGCUACCACCUAUUCCACACCUACAUACCCUCGGCCCUGAUAGUCGUCAUGUCGUGGAUCGCCUUUUGGAUCAAGCCCGAGGCGAUACCCGCGAGGGUCACCCUCGGCGUCACUUCGCUACUCACCUUAGCAACGCAAAACACGCAGUCCCAGCAGUCGUUGCCGCCUGUGUCGUACGUCAAGGCGAUAGACGUGUGGAUGUCGUCGUGCAGCGUCUUUGUCUUCCUCUCGCUCAUGGAGUUCGCCAUAGUCAACAAUUACAUGGGGCCCGUCGCCACCAAGGCCAUGAAGGGCUACUCGGACGAGGACCUCCGCGAAGCCAUCGACGAGUUCAAGACGCCAAUGAGGUCGGAGUCGGAGCGAAGCAGGAGCCCGGUGCGGCCGACGACGGCCCAGUACGACACCUGCUGCGGUGGCCGGGCCAUAGCCAUCUCCAUCGACAAGGUAUCGCGCUUUCUCUUUCCGUUCGCCUUCCUCAUCCUCAACAUCGUCUACUGGAGCACCUUCCUCUGAACGCCGAUCUCCGACGACCAAUGGAACGUGUGUUGUGCGGCUGUUGUUUCAACGAUUGGACUUUUUUGCUCUCUCUCUCAUCGUGUACAUUUUAUAACUAUGUAUAGUCAAGGCAGAGGUU